AUGGCUGGAGGCACCAUCUCUGUGAGCGGGGGAGGGCGGGGCCCGUCAGUCGCAACCAUUGCUGCGCUCGCCGCCGCAGCGACAGCUGUCGGCCUUUCCUUGGUCGGGCUGCGUGGGCUUCGUCAAUGGGCCAAACGCGCACAGAAAUGCGCGCCGCCCAGCGGUGGGCGGCGGGCCUUGUCGUGGCGCAGCGUUUUUACCGGCGAGAAGCACGGCGGCGCGGAAAGGGAGAGGGAGCGCGUGGCUCAUUUAGUUCCGCUGGUGGAGCGAUCGGCGAGUUCGGGCAAAGUGAAACGGAUCGAACGAUUCGGCGAAUACGUUGUGCGCCAGCUGGGCCUGCCUACGGACCUGGCGGCGGUGGCGCUACUGGCGCAGGCGGCGGACGACUACGUGCGGGGCGAUAAGAGCACAUCCGAUAAGAGCCGCGCCAACCUGCUCGCGCUCGUCGCGCAGGCAGGGGGAGGGCGCGCGGAAGGGGAGGCGGAGGCGGGGGAGCAGUUGGGGGAGGAGCUGAUCGCGGAGCUGGACGCGUGCAUGCUGUCUUACUUUGGCUUCCACUGGCCGCACUCCGCGCUCAUGAUCGAACAGGUGUUCCGAGGGCGGAGCAGCAAGCUGCACCUGAGGGACGCCGUCAACGCCGUCAUUCGGCAGCGCCGGUUCAACGAGGCCAUAACGUGUCUGCGCCCGCAGCAGCGUUUCUCCCAGCUCCUAGAAGAAAUGAAGGUCCUCGGCUGUGGCCCCCGCCCGGGGGGAGCAGGGGGAGUGGGGAGGGGAGGGGGAGCAGGGGGGGGAGGAGUGGAGCAGAGGGGAGCGGGACAGGGAGAAGGAGGCCACGGGGGGGCAUCUGAAGGGGGGAACGGGCGGGAAGGCAGAUAUACGGCCGAGUGCAGUGAAGCAGCGGGUAGUGAUGGCCCUGAGAGUGAGAGUGAGAGUGAGGUCCGCACAAAGAAUGACGUCCGCCCAAAGAGCACCAGGGACCCGCACCCACUCCCUGAGGGUGACAACCUCACCGCCCACUCCCCCUCUCACUCCCUCUUCCAGUUCCCCACUUCCUCCCCCUCUCACUCCCCCUCUCACUCCCCCUCUCGCUCUCCCUCCCACUCUCCGUCUCAUGCCCGCUCGCCCUCCCGCCCGCGCCCGUCAAGUGCGGAGGUCCCGAGGGAGGGGGAGGUGAUGGUGCCGGCAGCAGCGGCGGUGCGCUCGCCCGUGCUGCUGCUGAUUGGUGGGGGCAUGGGUGCUGGCAAGUCAACGGUGGUCAAGGAGAUCAUGAAACGCACCUUUUGGGCGCGCAUGGCGCCACACGCAGUGGUGGUCGAAGCCGACGCAUUCAAAGAAAAAGACGCAAUCUUUCGAGCGCUCUCCGCUGACCGGCUGAGCGACGCCGCCCGCAUCUCGCAACUGGUCCACGAGGAGUCAACCCGGGCGGCGCAGUCAACGCUGGUAACCGCGCUGAACGAGGGCCGGGACGUGAUAUUCGACGGGACCAUGUCGUGGGCCCCGUUUGUGCAGCAGACGAUUGCGAUGGCUAGACGGGUGCAUGAGCGGAGGUUUAGGAUGGGGCCGGGGUAUCAAGUGAAAGAGGAUGGGAGUGUGGUGGAGCGGUAUUGGGAGGAGGUGGAGGAGGAGGGGGAGGGCGGGGUGGAGGAGGGGAGGAGAGAGAGAGGGGAGGAGGAGGGGAAAACCAGAGGGGAGGAGGAUGGGAGGGAGCGAGAGGGUGGCGAGGAGAUGGGGAGCGAGAGAGGGGAGAGGGAGGAGGAGAGGGGGAGGGAUCAGACAGGAAAGGAGGGUCAACACCGACCCAAGAGGCACAGCAGGCAGAGGGGGGCCGGGGAGCAGCGGCUGCCGUAUCGCAUCGAGCUGGUGGGAGUGAUGUGCGACGCCCACCUGGCUGUUGUGCGCGGCAUGCGGCGGGCCAUCCUGACCAAGAGAGGGGUGCCGGUGCACGAGCAGCUGAGGUCGCACAAGCUGUUUGCCAGCAGUGUGGAGGCGUACUGUGAGUCAGUAAGAAUCUAUGGGAUAGUGGAGGCAUACUGUGACCUGGUGGACGUGGCUACUCUCUACUCGACUAUCCACAUGGGGGGACCGCCACAGGUGAGUCAAUCUGAUUGGCUACAAGGAAGGCAUAUCACCCCCCAGGAGCGCACCAACCACUCCACCAUCCACCCCAACCGGCAUGAUUACACCGCCUACAAGCACGACUCCCAGCACGGGCGCCAUCUGCAGUGGGGGCGUGUGCAGCCACCUGCUGGUGGACUCAGCAGCCUUCCACCUUGUCUCCGACUUGAAACGCGUCAACCCCCGCGCCUCCUGCGUUCUGGAGCUCUACUUUACAGAAGGCGAAGCAGAGGGGGAAGGGGAUGGGGAAGGGACUGGUGGGAGCACGGGCAGAAGAAACCAGUGGUGGCUGCCCGGAUGGUGGUUGUCCCUGUGGCGCUGGGGAAAAGGGGCAGCGCGGGCAGGCGAGGAAAAGUUUGGGCCGGGCAGCACGUGGAGGGAGGUGGUGCUGGCGGAGGAGCGGGCGGCGCGGCAGGCUCGACUGAGGGAGGCGUUUACUGA